AUGCGCGCGCUGCGGCUCGGCGUGACCCUGGCGCUGGGCGCGGCGCUGGGUGCCUCGGCCGAGAGCUGGCGGCGGCGGGCGGACGCGCGGGCGGCCCCGGGGCUGCUCGGCCGGCUGCCGGUGCUGCCCGUGGCGGCGGCGGCCGCCCAGCUGCCCGCUCUGCCCGGGGUACCGACGGGCCCCGGCGCCAGCGAGCUUGCCAAGUACGGGCUGCCCGGGGUGGCGCAGCUCAAGAGCCGCGAGUCGUACGUGCUGUGCUACGACCCGCGCACCCGCGGCGCGCUCUGGGUGGUCGAGCAGCUGCGGCCCGAGCGCAUCCGAGGCGACGGCGACCGCCGCUCGUGCGACUUCCGCGAAGACGACUCGGUGCACGCCUACCACCGCGCCACCAACGCCGACUACCGCGGCAGCGGCUUCGACCGGGGCCACCUGGCCGCCGCCGCCAACCACCGUUGGAGCCAGAAGGCCAUGGAGGACACCUUCUACCUGACCAACGUCGCGCCCCAGGUGCCACACCUCAACCAAAAUGCUUGGAACAACCUGGAGAAGUACAGCCGCAGCUUGACCCGCACCUACCAAAAUGUCUAUGUCUGCACAGGGCCACUCUUCUUGCCCAGGACGGAGGCUGAUGGGAAGUCCUAUGUGAAAUACCAGGUGAUUGGCAAGAACCACGUGGCAGUGCCCACGCACUUCUUCAAGGUGCUGAUCCUGGAGGCAGCAGGAGGACAGAUUGAGCUGCGCUCUUAUGUGAUGCCUAACGCUCCUGUGGAUGAGACCCUUCCGCUGGAGCGCUUCCUAGUGCCCAUAGAGAGCAUCGAGCGGGCCUCAGGACUGCUCUUCGUGCCCAAUAUCUUGGCACGAACUGGAAACCUCAAGGCCAUCACUGCCGGCAGCAAGUGAGGGUGGCAGCCAGAGACAGUGGAGUUGGGGCUGGAUACAUUAAAGUCGGCUGUUUUAGGAGAA